UGGCUGGGGGUGGGGAUGCACAGGCGGAGGGGCGAUAGUCCUAGAGUCAGCUGGCCACAGAUGCGCCCUGGGAGCCCUUCUCCGCUUCACUGGUUCGCUCUACACGCCUCGCUCCCUCCCUCUAGCUUUCUUCCUUUCCCCUCUCUCUCCCUUCUUCCCACCAUGCCCCCAUCCCUAUGUCUUUCGGUAUCUCCACAUCCCUUUACAUUUGGGGGAGCAAUUCCCAACUCCUCCAUCUUUGCUGCUCCCGCCUCUGCUUCCCAGCCCGUUCCUCGUGUCAUUUUUCCUUAAGCAUUUAUGUUCUCUCCUUCCCCACUUCCUUUCUCCCCAUCCUGGGCUUUCCCCCCUUUUCUCCCAUCCCCUUACUCACCACUCCUCUGGCUGUCCUGCCUGGACCGCUCUCUCCUUCUCCUCCUGCCCCUUCUUCCCCUGCACCUGUGACCCCUUCAUCCUCUCCGUUUCCCCUCCCUGACCUUUUCUCUCAUCCUUUCCUCCCUUCGGCAUCCUCCACAGUUCGGGUCUUCUGUACCCACUCUCCUCCUCUCUUCCCAGUUCUCUCUUUUUCAGGACUGCCUGCUCUCUCUCACCCUGCACUCCAGGCCAGCUUCCUCUUCACAUUUCUCCUCUCUCACUCUUAACCAGCCUUCCAUCUCCCAGCCCUUCACCCCUUCCCAUCUCUCCCACUGCCUACUUCCCCACUCCCUUCCCGUGACUUUCCCAUCUUGUUCCCUUGUUGUUCUCUGGGAAGAUUCAAUGGGCAGAUUUAUUUAUUUUAUUUUUUGAGUCGGAGUCUCGCUCUUGUUGCCCAGACUGGAGUGCAGUGGUGUGAUCUAAGCUCACUGCAACCUUCGCCUCCCAGGUUCAAGGGAUUCUCCUGCCUCAGCCCUCUGAAUAGCUGGGAUUGCAGGCGCCCAUCAGUACCCCCGGCUAAUUUUUGUAAUUUUAGUAGACACGGGGUUUCACUAUGUUGGCCAGGCUGGUCUCGAACUCCUGAUCUCAGGUGAUCCACCCGCCUUGGCUUCCCAAAGUGCUAGGAUUACAGGCGUGAGCCACUGCGUCUGGCCCAUUGGGCAGAUUUAGACCCAGAAUCCACAGGAAACCGGGUGUCCUAUCUUCACUCCCUCUGGGGAGCCUGCCCCUCCUGGAUCCACCACCCUCAGCUCUGAGAACACACCCUUUCUCUUUCAAAACCAACCAUCCCGAUUUUCCCAGGAUUCUUUACCCAGGAGAGCCACAUUUGAGGGGGUGGUUUCUUCCUGACUCCACCUCCCUUCAGAGGGCACCUAUGCACUUGGAUGAUUAAACAUUAAGAGCAAAAAUUAUAUUCUGUAGUUUUUCUCCCACUCACCUCUCUCUUUCUGUCUCUUUCCUUCCAUCCCUCCAGCUCUUCAUUCCUUUCUCCUGAAGAUGCAGACUCCUGGGGCUAAUCAUAAGACAAAUGCCUGGCACUGCCAGAGGGGUGGGAGGGCUGGGAGGGCUGGAAGGGCCCCCCUGCACGUACACACACUCACUGGCUUGCUCAGAUUGACUUCCCCAUCCCUCCCCCUACCCUCAGACUCCCUCCCUAGCGGUAGGUGCUCAAGGAAUCACAAGGUUCUUGGCUCUAAAUUAAGAUCCAAGAAAAGCCUGGAGCUGUGGGCAGAGGAAGUGAGAAGAAGGGAAAUCAGAGAAGCCAGAGUAGACCCUGGGGUGGAGAGUAAAGGCUGAAAAUCUGGGUCACAGCUGAGGAAGACCUCAGACAUGGAGUCCAGGAUGUGGCCUGCGCUGCUGCUGUCCCACCUCCUCCCUCUCUGGCCACUGCUGUUGCUGCCCCUCCCACCGCCUGCUCAGGGCUCUUCAUCCUCCCCUCGAACCCCACCAGCCCCAGCCCGCCCCCCGUGUGCCAGGGGAGGCCCCUCGGCCCCACGUCAUGUGUGCGUGUGGGAGCGAGCACCUCCACCAAGCCGAUCUCCUCGGGUCCCAAGAUCACGUCGGCAAGUCCUGCCUGGCACUGCACCCCCAGCCACCCCAUCAGGCUUUGAGGAGGGGCCGCCCUCAUCCCAGUACCCCUGGGCUAUCGUGUGGGGUCCCACCGUGUCUCGAGAGGAUGGAGGGGACCCCAACUCUGCCAAUCCUGGAUUUCUGGACUAUGGUUUUGCAGCCCCUCAUGGGCUCGCAACCCCACACCCCAACUCAGACUCCAUGCGAGGUGAUGGAGAUGGGCUUAUCCUUGGAGAAGCACCUGCCACCCUGCGGCCAUUCCUGUUCGGGGGCCGUGGGGAAGGUGUGGACCCCCAGCUCUAUGUCACAAUUACCAUCUCCAUCAUCAUUGUUCUUGUGGCCACUGGCAUCAUCUUCAAGUUCUGCUGGGACCGCAGCCAGAAGCGACGCAGACCCUCAGGGCAGCAAGGUGCCCUGAGGCAGGAGGAGAGCCAGCAGCCACUGACAGACCUGUCCCCGGCCGGAGUCACUGUGCUGGGGGCCUUCGGGGACUCGCCUACCCCCACCCCUGACCAUGAGGAGCCCCGAGGGGGACCCCGGCCUGGGAUGCCCCACCCCAAGGGGGCUCCAGCCUUCCAGUUGAACCGGAUUCCCCUGGUGAAUCUGUGAUGCCCCCAAUGUUGGGGUGCAGCCAAGCAGGAGGCCAAGGGGCCGGCACAGCCCCCAUCCCACUGAGGGUGGGGCAGCUGUGGGGAGCUGGGGCCACAGGGGCUCCUGGCUCCUGCCCUUGCACACCACCCCGGAACACUCCCCAGCCCCACGGGCAAUCCUAUCUGCUCGCCCUCCUGCAGGUGGGGGCCUCACAUAUCUGUGACUUUGGGUCCCUGUCCCCACCCUUGUGCACUCACAUGAAAGCCUUGCACACUCACCUCCACCUUCACAGGCCAUUUGCACAUGCUCCUGCACCCUCUCCCCGUCCAUACCGCUCCGCUCAGCUGACUCUCAUGUUCUCUCGUCUCACAUUUGCACUCUCUCCUUCCCACAUUCCGUGCUCAGCUCACUCAGUGGUCAGCGUUUCCUGCACACUUUACCUCUCAUGUGCGUUUCCCGGCCUGAUGUUGUGGUGUUGUGCGGCGUGCUCACUCUCUCCCUCAUGAACACCCACUCACCUCGUUUCCGCAGCCCCUGCGUGCUGCUCCAGAGGUGGGUGGGAGGUGAGCUGGGGGCUCCUUGGGCCCUCAUCGGUCAUGGUCUCGUCCCAUUCCACACCAUUUGUUUCUCUGUCUCCCCAUCCUACUCCAAGGGUGCCGGCAUCACCCUGAGGGCUCCCCCUUGGGAAUAGGGGUAGUGAGGCCCCAAACUUCACCCCCAGCCCACUGCUAAAAUCUGUUUUCUGACAGAUGGGUUUUGGGGAGUCGCCUGCUGCACUACAUGAGAAAGGGACUCCCAUUUGCCCUUCCCUUUCUCCUACAGUCCCUUUUGUCUUGUCUGUCCUGGCUGUCUAUGUGUGUGCCAUUCUCUGGACUUCAGAGCCCCCUGAGCCAGUCCUCCCUUCCCAGCCUCCCUUUGGGCCUCCCUAACUCCACCUAGGCUGCCAGGGACCGGAGUCAGCUGGUUCAAGGCCAUCGGGAGCUCUGCCUCCAAGUCUACCCUUCCCUUCCCGGACUCCCUCCUGUCCCCUCCUUUCCUUCCUCCUUCCUUCCACUCUCCUUCCUUUUGCUUCCCUGUCCUUUCCCCGUCCUCAGGUUCUUCCCUCCUUCUCACUGGUUUUUCCACCUUCCUCCUUCCCUUCUUCCCUGGCUCCUAGGCUGUGAUAUAUAUUUUUGUAUUAUCUCUUUCUUCUUCUUGUGGUGAUCAUCUUGAAUUACUGUGGGAUGUAAGUUUCAAAAUUUUCAAAUAAAGCCUUUGCAAGAUA